CGCUGUCAAGGUGAUGCGCCGCCUGCAGUUCCUGGUUAGCGAUGGCUGAAAUGUUGGAUAUGAGGGAAUGCUAAUGUCACUUUUUAAAGAAUGAUUUAGGGAAUUAGUACGUGGCUUUUGGUUUUUAAAAUGGGCAACGGAGACUAAAAUUCAUUCAGGAUGUUUGGGCGCUCUAGAAGCUGGGUGGUGGGCGGCCCGGGAAGGUCUUCAAAGAGCAUCCACUCUUUGGACCACUUAAAAAAUAUGCAUCACAUCUUAACAAAAAACACCACCGUUACUGAUCACAACCGUGACCUGCUAGUAGAAACCAUUCGUUCCAUCACUGAAAUUCUCAUUUGGGGUGACCAGAAUGACAGCUCAGUGUUUGACUUCUUUUUGGAGAAAAACAUGUUUGCCUUCUUCUUGAAUAUUCUUCGGCAAAAAUCUGGGCGUUAUGUCUGUGUGCAGCUGCUUCAGACCCUGAAUAUUUUAUUUGAGAACAUCAGCCAUGAAACAUCCCUUUAUUACUUGUUGUCCAACAACCACGUGAAUUCAAUUAUCGUUCAUAAGUUUGACUUCUCUGAUGAGGAGAUUAUGGCAUACUACAUAUCUUUCCUGAAGACACUGUCAUUGAAACUGAACAACCAUACUGUACACUUUUUUUACAAUGAGCACACAAAUGAUUUUGCACUGUAUACAGAAGCAAUCAAGUUUUUUAAUCACCCAGAGAGCAUGGUCAGAAUUGCGGUCAGAACCAUCACUCUUAAUGUUUAUAAAGUAUCAUUGAACAACCAUCACAUGCUGCAUUAUAUUAGAGACAAAACCGCUGCCCCCUAUUUCUCAAAUCUCGUUUGGUUCAUUGGGAGCCACGUAAUCGAGCUGGAUAACUGUGUUCAGACUGACGAAGAACAUGCUAACAAGACAAAGCUGAGUGACUUGGUUGCAGAGCACCUCGACCACUUGCAUUACCUGAAUGACAUUCUUAUUAUUAAUUGUGAGUUCCUGAAUGACGUGCUUACAGAUCACCUGCUGAACAGGCUCUUCCUGCCUUUGUAUGUCUACUCAUUAUUAACUCAUGAAAAGUGUGGAGACCUCACAAAAAUCAGUGCCCAGGUGUCACUGUAUCUCCUUUCUCAGGUCUUUCUCAUCAUACACUACUCACCUCUGGUGAACUCUUUGGCUGAUGUUAUUUUGAAUGGCGACCUUUCUGUGUUUUCUGCGCAGGCUGAGCAAGACUUGCAGAAAAGCAUGGCAAAAUCCGGUAUCCGAUGCUUCACAAAACCUGCAGAAAGCCUUGAGAAAUCACUUGAGAUCAGUAAGCAGAGGGGGAGGAAAAAAGUACAGAAAAGACCAAAUUAUAAAAAUGUAGGUGAGGAAGAAGAAGAAAACCCUCCAGAUGAAACCCAGGAAGAUCCCGACAAGGCUAAAAGUACAGAUGGUGCUUCAAAAAUGAAUAAGAGUACAUUGGAAACAGAAGAAAUAGAGAUGGUAAUUAUGGAGAGGUGUAAAAUAUCAAAAGCUCUGGUAACUGAACAGAAUACUACAGAUGAAGAGAAGAGUGCAGCAGCAGCAGCUGGGACAGACUCUUCCCAAAGCAGGCCAUUUCUGGAUAUGAUAUAUAACGCUUUGGAUUGCUCGGGAGAUGAUUAUUAUGCAUUGUUUGUACUUUGUCUGCUGUAUGCCAUGUCCCACAACAGAGGGAGCAAGGGAAGAAAGUGUCCAUCUGUUGCGACGCUUUUAUAAGGGUGAAGAAAUUUUUCUUGACGUGUUUGAAGAUGAGUACAGAAGCAUGACGAACAAACCAUUGAAUGUAGAGUACCUGAUGAUGGAUGCUUCCAUCCUUUUACCCCCCACUGGGACCCCUCUAACUGGUAUUGAUUUUGUUAAGAGACUUCCCUGCGGAGAUGUCGAGAGAACGCGGAGAGCAAUAAGAGUUUUUUUCAUGUUGCGUGCUUUGUCACUGGAACUGCGAGGAGAACUGGAGACUCAGCUGCCUCUGACAAGGGAGGAUGAUCUGAUUAAAACCGAUGAUGUUUUGGACCUUAAUAACAGUGACUUGAUUGCCUGCACAGUAAUCACAAAAGAUGGAGGACAAGCUCAAAGAUUUCUGGCUGUUGAUAUUUAUCAGAUGAGUUUAGUUGAACCGGAGACCAAAAGACUUGGCUGGGGAGUGGUGAAGUUUGCUGGACUACUGCAGGAUAUGCAGGUCACUGGGGUAGAAGAUGACAGCCGAGCACUACAUAUUACAAUUCACAAGCCCACUUCAAAUCCUCAUGCCAAACCAUUUCCCAUUCUGCAGGCUACUUUCAUCUUUUCUGAUCACAUCCGCUGCAUAAUUGCAAAGCAGCGACUCGCAAAGGGGCGUAUCCAGGCACGCCGUAUGAAAAUGCAGAGAAUAGCAGCUCUGUUGGAUCUUCCUGUUCAGCCAUCUCCUGAAGUCAUGGGCUUCACACACGUCACAAGUGCUGCUGCCCAGCAUCUGCCUUUUCGAUUUUAUGACCAGUCAAGGCGCGGAUUAAGUGACAACACAGUUCAGCGUUCUGUGUUUGCGUCUGUUGACAAGGUUCCAGGUUUUGCUGUAGCCCAGUGUAUAGACCAGCAGACUUCUACUCCAACAUCCUCACCAUCCCCUCCUUCCAGCAGUAGCCCCAAUGGCAGUGGGAGUACUGGACAUUGUGAUUCAGUCACGACCAGCACAACGUCUACUCCUGCCGCGCAGAGUCCUUCAGAUGAUGCAGCAUCUUUGGAAGAGUCCCCACUGAAUCUGCCUGCACAGGUGGAGUUUGUUGAUGAGACUGCUUGUAGCAUUACAGGUCCCAGCAAGAACAUGCAGAAGAACUCUGAGUUUGAACCAACUAACCUGGCCCCAAGCCUUACCCCUUCUCAACAACCAACCAUAUCAUUACUGUCAGAUGACAAUACAGAUGCACUCAGUGUGGAGUCACUGACACUUGUUCCACCUGCCGACCCACAUUGCAUCUUAAGUUUUAGUACCCCUGUGCAGUCCUCGAUGCUGUCCGAGGCAGCACCAGCCAGUGAGGGGGAUCAUGCUGAGACUGGUGAACCUGAAGCAAGUACAGAUGUGUGAAGAACACAUUAGACUUCUCUUCUCUUCUUGGGAUGGGAGAUCGUGUGAACAUUCAGUUACUUUGAUGCAAAACACUGCAGUAUAUCAGUCAGGUCAUGGUAAAUGUGAAAUGCAAGUGGCCGUCUUUUAGUGUGUACAGAAGGAAGAAAGAUUAACCUGAACCUCUUCCCUGAUGAGUGCAUUAAUAAAAGGGAGGUGCGGUUACUGCUUGGACUCUUCUUCAACAACAUUUCCCGGUGUUAUUUAUUCACACAGAUUAGUUCCACUACCUUUGCAGGGUUGAACAAUGACUUGAAAAGUGUACAGUAGGAGGUGGGCUUGUUUUUCUUCCCCAUUUUUAUUGUCUGCCUCCAAGUUUUGUUAGACUAGGCUUUUGUAUCUGCGGGUUUCAAUGACUGUACAUGUUAUCUAUGAAAAUACUAUUUGUCGUCUGAUCUGAGUCAGGUGCAUAGUUUUGAAAUAAAGGCCUGCCAAAAUAAAAUCAUUUAACAUGAA